AUGGUCCAACUAGUCGAAGUUCCCGACGAGCACUACGACGAAAAGCAAACUGGUCCCGAAGAAGAUGACGCCUACUACACAGACACAGACUCAUCAAUCACCGACGACGGUGCUUCAGAUGCUUCGGACACCUCUUCCCUCGCCGAUCUAGACUCGGAAACCUUCUACGAUCGUAUCGUCGCCUUAAAGGAUAUUGUCCCACCUGGUCGGCGCGCACAGAUCUCAAGAUCUUUCAAUGGUGCUUAUGGACUGAUAACUUCGGGUCUAUCACUGGGUGGGAAGACCUUGUGGGUUUUGAGUACCUCGGCUUUGUUGUUGGGUGUGCCCUAUGUUCUUGCUUGGCAGGAAGAACAGCAAGUUAUUGAGAUGGAGAAGGAGAUGCAAAUGCAGCAGAACUUGAAUGAGGAGGAUUCAUCGGGAUACCAGCCGAUUGGCCUUGAAAUUCUCAUCACACCCGGCUCGAAAUCCUCACUCGGUCAGCCAGAGCUCCCAAAGCGGUAG